AUGCUUCAAUCUCCCGAGAGUCUCCCAGAAGCCUGCGGCCCCAGCUCCAACGAGGCCGAACGAAUCCGUCAAAAGUACGCCGAGGAGAGGUCGAAACGUCUACGGUCCGACGGCGUUGAUCAAUACGUCAGCCUCAACUCCAUCGAUGACCUGCAUUUGAAAGGGUUCUUGGAUGAUCCAUGGGAUCAGGGCGCUGAAUCGCCAAUCCGCCUCCAAGCCGGCGCUCGAUAUAGGGUGGCCAUCAUGGGCGCUGGGUAUGGAGGGCUACUAUACGCCGCUCGGUUGCUCGACUCGGACGCCGGCUUGAAGCCCCAUGACAUAGUCAUCAUUGACACUGCGGCCGGAUUUGGAGGAACUUGGUACUGGAACCGCUACCCUGGCCUCAUGUGCGAUACCGAGAGCUACAUCUACAUGCCACUGCUGGAAGAGACUGGCUAUAUGCCCAAACACAAGUACUCGUACGGGGAAGAGUUGCGAGAUCAUGCAGACAGAAUCGCCAAGCAGUGGAAAAUCGAUGACCGAGCCAUGUUUAGGACCGAGCUGCAUCAAUGCACCUGGAACGAUGACGGUUCCGAAUGGACUGUCGACUUGACGCAGCGGUCGCCUUCAGCAGAUGGCGUGUCCACGAGCGGAACCAUCCAUGCAGAUUUCGUGAUACUAUCCCCGGGCCUGCUCAAUAGACCCAAGCUGCCUCUACUACCCGGCCUAGGGAGCUUCAAGGGACCGAACUUCCUCACAGCUAGGUGGAACUACGCGGCAACGGGAGGUAGCCCAUCGUCUCAGAACCUCGACCAGCUACGGGGCAAGAAAGUCGGCAUCAUAGGGACUGGAGCCACUGCGGUGCAGAUAGUGCCAGCGCUGGCGAAAUGGUGCGACCAACUUUACGUGUUUCAGAGAACGCCGGCGUCGGUAGACGUGCGCAACCAGCGACAGACGGAGGGGGACGAGUGGACGCACAACAUACAGGCUGGUCCAGGCUGGCAAAAGGCCCGAUGGCGCAACUUUCUGUCGUUUGGGGCCAACGUCCAGCCCAGCGAACCGGUCGACAUGGUAUCGGACGGAUGGACCAGCUUCCCAUCCUACAGCGUCCUCACCGGAGGUCCCGCGGCAACGAACGUGGCCAUGGACACGGCAGCCGAGUACAUUUCCGAGAUGAAUCAGCUGGAUCUCAUUCGGUCUAACAAGAUCCGCGAGCGGGUAAGCGCCGUCGUCACGGACAAGAACACGGCCGCAAACCUCAAAGCCUGGUACACCGGCUGGUGUAAACGGCCCACAUUCCACGACGAUUAUCUGGAGGCGUUCAACAGGCCCAACGUGCAUCUCAUCGAUACGGACGGCCGGGGUGUAGACCGGAUAGUCGAGACGGGAAUCGUAGCUAACGGCAAGACCCACGAUUUGGACCUCGUCAUCUUCUCUACUGGUUUCGAGGCUGGCACGUUCGGCAGCCCGGCGCGUCGCUCCGGAGCGCAGGUCUUUGGUCGUGGAGGCAAGUCCAUGGAUGCAAAAUGGGCGGACCCAAGGGCUGAGGACGGCCAGAUAUCUCUGACGUUGCAUGGGAUGUGCGCCAGGGGCUUCCCCAACAUGUUCUUCACCAGCAGCGACCAGGCUGGCAUCGCUUCUGUCUUCACGCCCACCUUGGACGCCUUCUCCAAGCACGCGGCCUUUAUAGUAUCCUCGAGCCUAAAGAGGCUAGAGAAGAUGAGAAGCGAGGAUGAUCCAGCGAUUGAGCACGCAGUAGUCGUGGAGCCCACUUCCGAGGCCGAAGCUGCUUGGGCCAACCGUGUCCUUUCUGGCGCUGCUUCUCUGGCGCCCAUGGGCGGUUGCACUCCUUCUUACUUCAACGCGGAGGCAAAAAUGGACAGCAUGCCAAUGCACGAACAGAUCAAAGCUGCGGCAACAACGCGAUGGCCGGCAGGACUCAAUGACUUUGUGCACGUAUUGGAGAGCCUGUGGAGCGCCAACGACGACAGCGACUUUGACAUAAACGUUGUUCAGAACAGGAGACUUCGUUAG